AUGGAAGAACCUGUCGUGAACGCGUAUGGCAAAAACGUCGGACGGCGUGUUUACGAAGAAUGUCGGGCCCAUCCGGCCUCACUCGCUGCCAAGGGUGGUCACGAGGAAAUGAUUAGAUUCAUGAUUGGACGGGGUGUCAAUGUGAACCUUAGAGACGGGGAUGGAUUCACGUUGCUGGCUUUUGCGUCUAUCUACGGGCACACCUCGCUCGCGCGCUUCCUGCUUAGCCAGGGUGCUCGCCAGAGAUUCAGCAGCCAUAUGAGCCACUACCCCUUACGGUUGGCUGUAUAUCAUGGGUAUGAAGAUCUUGUUGAUCUCCUUGUCGAGAAUUUGAAGCAGGGCUGGGCAGAUGGGUUUCUCGAGCAAAUUCAGGAUGCAGUCUGCGGCGCUGUAGUUGCAGGUCAAACUUCGAUGGUCCGAUAUCUGAUUGAGCACCAUAACGCGCCAGUGACCUUUGUUAUGUAUUAUGGCCAUCCGAUGACACCCCAUAUGCAGGCGGCCAGAGACGGGAGGGCUGAUAUGGUUCGAUUACUUCUUCAGCUCGGGGAUGAAGUCGAUGUUGGUUCAUCGCUCUCACCACGACUAGGGCAAUCUCCUCUUAGUCCUCUCGCAGAGGCUGCAAGGGGAAAUCAUGCGGAAGUCGCCUAG